AUGGCGGUAACAGCGAAUGAUCCUCAUGAAGAUAAGCUCUCCUCGCUCUGGUAUCAGGCCUGCGAAGACUAUGCCAAGGAGACCGAACUUGCCUUUACCAAUGAGGGGCUCCCAGAGAUGCGCGGGCCAGAAGACCUGUCUCGCCAGUUGGACAAAGAGAAGGACCAUUUUGAGGACUUUCGGAUGAAAAAGCGCCCGCUGCUGCAUGCCAUGCAGGUGGUGCUGGCGCCCUUUGAGAACUGGGGGGAUAUAAUUGCCGGCGCUGCAGCUGCGGCCUUCCCACCGGCAUCGACUAUCAUGGGUGCGAUGCUGCUCCUGGUCCGCGGGGCACGGAAGGUUAGUGAUGCGUUCAAUAUGAUUAUAGACCUCUUCCACAAACUCGGGAAUUUUGCCCUGCGGCUGGAUUCCUAUAAAGGGGUUCCACUGAGCGAAGGCAUGAGGACUAUUAUCGUGAAGGUGUUGGUCAAUUAUCUCCGAGUCUGCGCGACAUCACACACCAUUUUGGGUAAAGGUUCCCUGAGGGCGAGACUCUCGAAGUGGGCAAAGAACAUCUUUAUUGAGGACGAGUCCGUUAGCUCUCUGCUUGCUGAGUUGGAGGAAUUGACCAGCCAGGAGCAUUUGAUGGUGUCCGCUCAUGGACUCAAACUCACUCACCAAGCUCUAAGAAACACGGAGAAGUUGCUGGAGCGAGAAGAUCGCAAGACCGACCGUGAGCAACUGGAGAGAGUAAAGACCGCAUUGAACCCCAUCUCCGCGUCUGGCCAGGUCUUCUCUUCCAUCAAUGAGAAUCGGAUACCAGGGUCAGGUCGUUGGAUUGAGAAUAGGCUCCGAUCGUGGCGGCAAGGAUAUCAGCCUCUCCUCUGGCUUCACGGAGGACCUGGUGUGGGAAAGUCGCACCUGGCUUCUAAGAUUAUCGAGGAUCUUUCCGAGUUAGGGGCAUCUAACCCACCGGUCAUUUGCUCCUUCUUUUUCAAGAACAACGACGUCGAUCUACGCUCACUGAAUAAUGCCCUGCGGACUCUGGCAUGGCAGAUCGCAACACAACAACCCAGCUUCGCGUUGCACGCUGAAGAGUUUUCUCUCAGAGAGGACCCUGGGAACAGUUAUGUUGUCUGGAGGAAGCUCUUACAGGAUUACCUCAAUGCGGCUCUAUCUGACGCCGCGAUCUAUUUUGUGAUUGAUGGAAUCGACGAGGCUGAGCCAGAGGAGCAGGAGAUGCUUUUUAGCUUAUUGGAAAAAACGUUCGAAGCAGAGGAGGACAACACUCAAUUUCCAUCGCUGCGGGUUAUACUUCUCAGUAGGGACUCUGUGCGUCCCUUGAUCGAUGAGCACUCCUUAGGCUGGAUCCCAGAAAUUGAAAUAGGGCAUGAACAGAACAAGGACGAUCUGCACGAAUACGUCACUCAGAAACUGCAGAAGAGCAAGUUAUUUCGCGGCUCUCCAGAGCUUCUAGAUGAGAUUGUCAACCAAAUCUGUCAUGAAGCCGAAGGUCUUUGGGAAUGGGCCAACCUUGUAAUCAAAUCAGUUCUACGCUGUCGAACGAAGGAGCAGAUUUGGAAAGUCGUCAAGACCGUGCCACGAGGCAUCAGCGCGAUGUUACAGCAGGAGCUGCAGCGCCUAAGCAGAGUACUGUCUCUAUCAGAUGGGCUGUCCGAUAAUGAAGGAUCUACAGACGAAACAAUAGCCCCAGGGAUUGAGCAGCUCAACAUUCUCCUCCCAUUCGUAACCCUGGCGCAGAAGCCGCUAACGGUAUGGCACCUCGAUAUCAUUCUUGAGAUUAUCUUGAAGGAGGAGGUCUUGAACUUGGAAGACGAUAUUCGAACUGUGUACUCCUCAUUAUUCGCGACUAGGCCCAACGAUGACCAAGAUUCCUUUGGCGGCACUGAGGUGGUCACACUUCGACAUAGUUCCUUCUAUGAGUUUUUCAGGACGUCUCAAAACACCAGUCCAAUCCAGGUCAACAUCGACCGAGCAGAAGCGAGCUUCAUCCACGUCUUCCUCUAUUCUUUGCAGGAGGAUAGGACGCCCAGAUCCUCCAGAACGACACAGGACCUCGCUGGAUACGCCAUGCAGUUCCUGCCCUCGUAUCUAACGAAUGCACAACCGACACAUGCCGGAGAUCUACGGGAAGAAAUAUCCUCUCGUCUUGCGGAUCUCUUUGCCGAAGAGCGAAAUAUGAAGUGGUUCGUCCUGAACGUGCAGGUCCAACAAAUCGACAAGUAUGAAUUUUACCCGGAUGCAAGACUAUCAGAAUUGGGCGAAUACUACAUCUAUACGGACGGCCCAGAAUAUGUGAAUGAAAGGGCGCAGCGUGUCUUGGAUUGGCUUCUUCCAGAAACCCAACAGGCUUUUCGAGCGUAUGCGCAAUCCUCAAGUCUAGCAAGCGAUUCAUGCCCUUUUACGGUUCUCUUCUCUCGGAUGGUAGGGUCCUGGGCCAAAUUAUGGCUGGAUCCAGAGGAGAUCAUGGAGGAUGAUGGAAGGCCGGCGGUUUAUCCCACCAAUCUUGUAGUAUACCGCAAAAUGUCGACAGGAAACACGGAGCCUGACUUGAAAGAAUCGUUGCUUAGAGUUACGUACAGAUUCCCGUCCACGGUGUUGCGUGCGGCCGAAAUGCAAGAGUUUCCGGAAACCCCAAUGUGGCAUGCGCGAGUAGCACAGGCUCUCUUUCUGCAUUGUUGCUAUAGGAAAGCUCUUCAGCACUUCAAAAUUGCCUUACAGCAGCACGAGGAGUCUCCUAGCUUCGGCUCGCAGUCCAUUUCUGUCAUUCACCGAGACAUCGCUCGCACUUUAACGGAGCUUGGAAAGCAUAAGGAGGCACUGGCGCAUUUCGAGUUAACUCGGGAAUUGCAAAAGCACGUCCAGGGGCGAGAUAUUCCCAAUGAUCAGGUGAAUGCUUUAUUAAGCAUUGCACAAAUGAAGCACCGUGCGAAGCGGACCGAAGAAGCAAUUUCAACUGCGAACGAAGCAUGGGGCAUAGUCCUGCGAAACGAAGAUUAUUGGUGGCGUCCAGACCUAUUGUCCUUCUUUGAGAUUUUCUUGGAGCUGCACCAGCUGCAUCGUCUUCGGUCCAUCUGGGAUUUCGCUUUUGCCCAAUAUGAAUCAUUAUCCAAAGAACGAAACAAACCAGAUACUUUUCAUGAAUUCCUUCUCGACUCUCUUACUUUUCGGCCCCGCACAAUGUACAGAGCUCUUCACCAUGCCCUGACCAGAGACGACCAGAGUUAUAUCGACAUCAUCUCCGAAAUUAUGGCCAAGCUCUAUAUUUUCACCAGACAAGGGGUCAACCCUGUGGAGCUCAGGUAUUUGCUAGCUACAGUCCUAUUUGAAAAAGGGCAGACGAGCCGAGGAAUACAGGGAUGGUAUGAGGUUGCAGCCGUUUCCCAGGCAGAUGUUAAAUGGGAUAUCUCUUAUUCUCACGCUCGAUCUAUUUGUCACUUGGCAGCCUUGUGUCUUAGAGACGCAGAUACCUUAACCUCUUUUGACAUUCCCUCGUCGCUCGCUGAAGAACCUCCCUGCAGUGAUGUCUGUCUGAUCAUUUCCAGUUGGCUUCAAGAUCACGGGGAUGCUACCAAUGCUCGGGAGGUCCUCCGCGGCCGUGUAAAGGACUGCAUCGCCUUGCUGUCCGACGAUGAUCCGUAUAAUGAUAGCGACGCCUUCAUAAGUCUUUUCAGGACGUUUCUGCUUGCUCCAGAUAGCGAUGAGGACCUAGGUGCAGUUCUGUACUUGAUUAAACAGGAUAACGAGCGGAUAAUGAGAGCCCACACUACCGAGGAACGUGUUAAAGAAGCGUCUCAAGAUGAUCAACCGAAUGAUCUAUCCGAACCACUAGAUCGGGUACUGCUCGUCGACGACAAAGACAGCGCGAACGAAGAUCCGCUAGAUGAUGGUCCAUCCACUAUUGGUAUUUCUGUCGCUCUUGCCCGCUCACAACCUUGUGUCCACGGUGCUACGGCCAGUUCCAGCAAGCUCCUACAAAACCUUGCGAUGCAACCAAAUUCCAGGGAAUCUGCAACCCUCAACAUGAGUUCUACUAUACUGGCCCUUUUCUUCGGUACUCUGACCGCGUCCCUGAUGGCAUGGUUCCAUUGGUUUCUGCUGCUGGAGAAAAACAGAUUAUAUGGAUAG